GAUAGAUAGAUAGAUAGAUAAAAAGUGUUAAGAUGAUAAAAUAUUAAGUUUAAGUGUUGAAAAAACCUGUCAAUAUACUUAUUCACCGUGGUAUUGCAAUGUUAUCUACGUCAAUAACAAACAAAAAGCUUUUACUUUUACCGCUAUUAUUAUUUUUUUAUAUACUUUAAUGUAAAUAAUAGAAAAGGACACUUUUUCCUGAAAUAAACUUUUAGAUUCCGUCCUAAGGAACCGCAUCAGUGUGUCUCAAUAGACAGUAAGCUGCCUACCUAGUCAUCAUCUGUGGGCAUCACAAGCGCGCGCAGCAUUUUUAAUCGAGAACGCGCCCGUGAUGCCCAAAAGUGCUGCCCACGUAGACAGACCAGCAGCGCAAUGAAGUAUGGACACGCAGAGCAGAAAGUCAUUCAGUGUUGGUUUGAGGAGUUGAUGUUGCCUCUGUCUGGAGUAAUGUUGUCCGGUUGGUAUGACACGUGUGCUCGGGCUGGUCAUUCUAACGGACCCGUUAACUAGACCACAAGAGCUCUGGGCAGCUGUUGGGAUGAUGAUCGGGCACGAGCGGAGCUCUCAGACAUCCAAGCCGCCGCCGUCAGCCUCACCUGCGGGUUUACCGGCCAGCGUGUCCCGCAGAAGAUUCUCCAGGGUCGGGAGGAAACACAGCAAUGGAUCCGUGCAGUCGAGCUCAUCCAGCGGCACGGCCAGAUCGACGGAGAGCGUCGGCGUCCGGCAGCCGGCGAAGAGCAAGAUCCGGCGGCACCAACACCGUCUGUCGGCAGUGUUCGGCCGCGGGCCUCGGCGAGCUUCAGCGGAGAUGACCGCCGCAGGAGAGGAGGAGACGGCGGUGACGGACGACCCCUCCGAGCUGUCCAAUAAUGUCACGGCUCCAGGCAUUCUGAAGAUUUUUGGCACUGAGAUUUGCGAAGGAGCAAACUACAAGAGCGUACUGGCCACGACACACUCCAGUGCCAAAGAGCUGGUUAAAGAGGCACUCGCCAGAUACUCCCUGAGCAAAGCAGAAGCUGAUGACUAUGUGUUGUGUGAUGUGAUUGGCUGCAUUGAAAACCAGUGCUGGAGGACGGAAUGUGUUCGUGUGGUUGGAGACAAUGAGAAGCCGCUCCUGCUGCAGUCACUCUGGAAACCCAGAGAGGGCUUUGCUCGCCGGUUUGAGAUCCAGCGCAAGGCCACAGUGGAGGAAAACUACUCUAAAGACAAAGACACGGUGACCGCCGGCUUAAACGCACAGGCACGGAAGCUGCAGAAGACGCGCUCCAGGGUGAAAUCUGUCCCGCUGGACGUAUGCGUGAGUGAUGGCAGACACAAUCUGUUUAAGAGUCUCAGCGAGACGGACCUGCCAGCCGAGGCUCACAGUCCGGAGACCACGGAGGAUCCAGAGGCCGAGGCCUACAAAGCAACGCCGCGUCCUGCCAGUGAACGCGAGGAGACGGAGAGUAGCGAUGACAACGCCACACAAUAUUCCAUUCAUCCGCCCCUGGAUUUCCCCUACUUCCUGCUUCUGCAGGGCUUCAGUUACAGACAGGAUUUUGUCAUCUAUGCAUUGAUCAACAGCUGCACAGUAUUCGGACGCCGUGAUGAGCGAACUGAGCCCGAGAGCGAUGCGGAAAGCCAGUAUCUCUGGGCUCCAGAUCUGCUGCCGCGUCACUGCUGCGUCCGGCGCCUGGACAUCUCUCCGGCCUCGGCGGGCGGCCGGUCCGGCAGCGUGACCCUACUGAAACCCCUCAACAGGGCGAAAGUGAAGAGGAACGGAGCCGCCGUCAGCCAUGAAGUGGAGCUGCAGUCGGGAGACGUCGUCAGCUUGGGCGAUCAUUACCUGUUCAUGUAUAAAGACCCGACUUCUGCAGCCACGCAGACGUACACACGACCUCCGCUCUGUCAAACGUGUGUGCUGUCAGAGAAAACCAGAACCUGCUUCAGAGACCUGGAGGGAGCAGAACUGGUUCUGCCGUAUGAUGUUGAACAUGAAUCCCGGGUCCUGGAGGAGAUCUUUACCACGGUUGACCAGGAUAAGUCCGCACACAAACUGACCGCGGCGUUCCUGCUGUGCUUGUGUCUCCAGCAGUCCGCCACUCAUUUCUCAAUGCCCGCCCUCCGCAGACUGCUUCUGCAGACGGCCAAUCGGCUUCAAAUGCUCGUAUGGGAAAAGGCGAAGGAACUUGCAGCUUUGCAGCCUGAAAUAAGUGAUUCAGACUGGCUGAUCCAGGGUCUGGAGCCGCUGGUCCUGUGGAUGUCUAACUCCGUCCAGAUCCUUCACUUCAUUCACCAGGAGCUUCCUCGUCUGCUGCAUGGGAUCUCUCAGGAGGAGGAGGAGGAAGAGGAAGACUGCAUUGCGGUUCUGGAGCUGCGCCUGUCGUCUGUGCGCUCGGCCAGCGAGGAGGCCAUGACGGUCCUGGAGGAGGUUCUUAUGUUCACCUUCCAGCAGUGUGUCUAUUAUCUCACCAAGAUGCUGUACCCGCUUCUCCCAGGCUUUCUGGACAGUAAUCCGUUCUCCGAGAGCGGUCAGCUGCAGGUGCCGGAGGACGUCAGACGAGUGCUGGACAUCUGCACACAAACUCUGCAGCUCCUCAGAGGCUUCCAGGUGCACCCGGAGAUCCUGACGCAGCUCUUCGCCUACCUCUUCUUCUUCAUCAACGCUCUGCUGUUCAAUCUGCUGAUGGAGAGAGGGUCGGGCGGGACGUUUUACCACUGGUCCCGUGGGGUCCAGAUCAGGGCUAACCUGGAUGUGCUGAUGGACUGGACUCAUGGAGCUGGACUCGGGGAUCUGGCUCACACUUACCUUCUCAAGCUCUCCUCAGCUGUCAAUCUACUGGCCACGCCGAAGGAGAACCUGCUGCAGAUGUGCUGGAAGGCUCUGCGGAUGGAGUUCCCGUCUCUGAACGCGGCUCAGCUGCAUCACAUGUUGAGAGAGUAUAACCCUCGCCGCUCCUGCGCCGCCGUGUGGACGCCCUCCAGCGCCGAGGCCAGCGCCGCCCUCUGCACCGACCAUAUCCUGGAGAGUUUCGAUGAGCAUCCGCCUCUCGUCCUUCCCACGGACGGCUUCGAGCUGGAGCUGAAGAGACCAAUCGGAGAGAGCGAUCUGAUGAAACAACUGCAGCGUUUCCACAGGCUGAUCGACACAAUCACACACCCACAAUCCUCAGAGCCGCCGCAGCUCGUCUCUGCGGUGCCGAUGGAGGCCAAGCUCACCAAGAUGGAAGUUCACCCAAAAGCUCAGCUGGAGGUCAGCCACACGGAGCUGGUGUUUCCCGCAGGAGCGAGUGAUCUGGGCUCAUGUGAAGCUCUUUUAACCAGAAAGCUGCAGAAUCUGGAGCUUCACAAUAAAGACGCGACUCACAUCAGCGCGGAGCGUCCGGCGCUGGAUCCCUCGUGUUUACUGACUCCACCGAACACGCCGCGAAACCUGGAGCUGACGGAUUCUGACACAGAUUCGAACCAUCAGACGUCCACGUGCAUCACCGCAGUCAGAGAGGAGGAAGGUGAGAGUGAAGAGUGUGAGACUGCAGAAGAAGACGACGUGUUUGUGCUGGAGCUGCAGAGAGCAGCGUGUGGACUGGGUCUGAUGUUGGUGGACGGAGAGGAAACACCAUUGACCGUCAGUGGGAUUUACAUCAAAUCAGUUCUUCCAGACUCUCCUGCUGCUCAGUGCCAGAGGCUGAGAGUCGGCGAUCGCAUUCUAGCCGUGAACGGACUCAGUCUGGCAGGAGUCGACUAUCAGACUGGGCUGGAGCUCAUUCAGAUGUCAGGAGAAAGACCUCGGCUACUGGUUGCCAGAUCUCUCUGCGCUACAAAAGAAGCGAGGACAAAAACUAAAUAGAGUUUAAAGAGGACCUAUUCUGCCCUUUUGUUUUUAGGCUCUACUAGACUGAAUACUGAUUAUUCUCCUCAUAUUCUCCAUUGUUGCAGCUCCUCUCUUCCCAGUCUGUCAGUAACGCUCUGUUUAGUUCCUGUCUCCAUGAAGCCCCUCCUUCUGAAAAGCACACUGCGCUCUGAUUGGUCGGCUGGA